ACAAUGGGCAUGAUCUGUUAUUAUGUUGUUAUCUGGAUUGCGUGUGUUCCAGGCAUUGUAAUAGGAACAGUUUCUAUUACUUUUGAACCAAGUAAAGCACCAGAAACAGAUGAAGUAGAUAUAUCAUGCAAGGAUACAGGAUCAGGUCCAUAUAGUAUUACCUGGAACUUUGGAGGCACAGUGAUAAGUUGUGGUUCAGGGAUAUGUGCUCCAGACCCAUCACCUCAUACAUACAGCCUCAAUGGAAAUGUGUUUAACUUGACACUUUCAUCAGUAACCACCACAAACUGUAUAAGUUACUCUUGCACAAAUGCAAAUGAUGUUACAGACACUACAUCCAGUGACCUGUAUGUUGCAU